GUCUGCAAACCAAUCCGAUGGACAAGUGAGGUGACGUCACAAAACCCCUCUCCCCGCGAGAGACCCGUCGAACCCGCACGCUCGUAACGGUCGCCCAGCCCCAAACCCCGCCCUCUUUUCCCCUACGUCAUAUGGUGUGCAAACCGUAGCCCCGCUUCUUUUCGUCUGCCCGUUACCCCAAAGCGGGGCAGAACCGAAGCAUGAGAGUAGCCUGAUCCCACGUCCCGCCUCUGUGUUAAUGGAAGUGACUCCGGCGGUGCCGACUGCAGGCGCUGAGGCUCUGCAGUGGUGACGUCUGAGUAGAUGGGGCGAGCUGUCAAUCAUAUGACGUGUGCACCGGUCCGAGCGAUCAGAUGAGGCAUUCAAGGAAGUUUGACUGAUUAGCACUGGAAACAGCGAGACUAUUGGCAUCUGUACCCAGGGAGGAAUUUCCAAAGACUUGGGCUUUCUAGAGAUCCCAGUAGAGGCUUAUUGUGUGAUCUUCUGGAGUUAUUUCAUAACACAUUCACCAACGCACACUCAGCUUUCAUGAUUUUUGGAUGGCCCAGCUUCUACUGCUACUAAACUGUUGUCUAACAGAAAUGCCAUGAGAAUCCUGUAUAUUGCAUUGAAGUACUUGUGAACGUGGAAAUUAGGAGCAGCAGCAGCAGCACCAUUGACUGAUUGCCUGAUCAAAUUGAGGGCUCAGCUCUGCCCUCCUGCUGCUCUGAGUUUAAUGGAAAUGGAAACUUUACCUGAUGCACAAAAACUAGCUACAGAAGUUGAAAACAUCCUUAUUAAUUAUUACAGCAUUGGAAAGGAUGAGUGGAGAGUUGCAAAGAAAGCAAAAGAUGUAACUGUUUGGCGGAAACCCUCCGAAGAAUUUGGGGGAUUUCUCUACAAAACUCAAGGAAUUGUGAAAGAGACUCCCAACAGAAUAGUAGACUUCAUUCGACCUGGCCCAUGUAGAUUAGACUGGGACAGCCUGAUGACCUCCUUGGACAUCGUUGGGGAAUUUGAACAGGAGGGUUGUUGUUUGAUGCAAUACACCACAGCAGGACAAUUGUGGAAUGUGAUUGCCCCAAGAGAAUUCAUUGACUUCUCCUAUACCACAGAUUACCAGGAUGGGCUGCUGACUUGUGGAGUCAGUGUUGAAUAUGGGGAGAAACAAGACAGUUUUGUUCGUGGAUUUAAUCACCCAUGUGGAUGGCUUUGCGUUCCUUUGAAGAGUGACCCUGACCACAGCCUCUUAACUGGUUUUAUUCAGACUGAUUUACGAGGAAUGUUGCCACAAACAUUAGUGGACUCUGCAAUGGGAAAUUCAUUAGUCAAUUUCUAUAAUGACCUCCGGAAUGCUUUAAAAACUUAGAGGUCAUCUAUGGUUAUUGCUUUACUUUAGACUUAAAAAUACUUAUUUUGUAAUUUCUUGAUAUGCAAUCCAUUUUACUAUGUUAGAGAGCUCAGGUUGGCAUUAAGUGCAAUAUUUGUUGGCAGUGGCCAGGCUUAUUGUGUUUCCUCUAUUGAUGUUCUAUUUAUAUGUAUAAAUACAAUAUUACAAUUUCAAUGUAAUGCUAUUAGAAACAUUUACAGCUAAUAGAUUUUAAUUCUAAUCUUGAUGUACUGCAUUCUAAUUCCAUAAUCUGUUCAAAUAAUUAACUAUUGUAGUUUAACAAAUCAGGAAGAUUUGUUUAGGUUUCAGAUUGAAGACUGGAUGUUCUGUAUCUCAUGGAAAUGUGCAUUAAAAUGGCACAAUGUGGUUUUAUGUA